CCGGCUCCCGGAGUUUCACAGCGGACCGACCAGAGAUAAAGUGGGGAGGGAAAGAGUCAGUCUCACGUAGACACAUACAAAGACUCAGAGACAGGCAGACAGAGGCAAGGUGAGAGGCUAGUGAGACUUUCCUACCAGUUUGCCAAGCCCAGAAAGGAUCUGGGGAGAGGGAGGAUCUGGUCUAGACGUUCAAACUCGGGAACUCCAAAGGGGUCGUUUUCUGCAGCUCCUUGGGACUGCAAGUCUCACACUUUCUUAGUUUGCUGCGGAGGGAAUUAAGCAGAAAGAGGAAGAGGAGGUGGGGUUCUAUAGCUAGUGGUGGUUUUAGUUCUUCCUAAGAAGUGGCGUGGUUUGGGGCUUUAUAUUCGGGAGGAGCGUGUGUCACAACACUCUAAGCAGAUCCUGGGGCGUUUGCAAACCCGGCUCCAGGGUAGCUGCUGGCCCCAUGCCCGGCCUGGCGUUUGAGGGCUCCGGCCACGCCAGGCUUCCUGGUCCGGCCGGCGUGUGGCCAGGUGGCAUUUAUCUCUGUCCUCCUUUGUCCCCUUUAUCUCAGGCUCUCCAGGAGGCCCGGGGGGCCCGCUCUGCCUAUCGCUGCCCCUAGGUUGCGCAGCCUCUUCAAUGCCCCACAGGUCACGGACUGCUGCUCUUUCGAAGGCAGCCGAGGACCAGAAGCGCCCUGUGCCACCGCUGACUCAGGCCGGAGCCGCCGCCUGAGCCGUGAGCCCUUGGGCACCGACACCGGUGCGUCCAGCACGCAUCUCCGCGCACCAGCCGGUCGAGGGUCGUCGAGGGACAGAACUGAUCCGGAUGGCCCCGGGCCAGGCGGUGGCCGGGCUCCUUCUGCUGGCGGCCGCGGGCCUCGGAGAAGCGGCGGCAGGGCAUGGACUCGCCUUCAGCGAGGAUGUGCUGAGCGUGUUCGGCGCGAAUCGAAGCCUGUCGGUGCCGCAGCUCGGGCGCCUGCUGGAGCUGCUGGGAUCCGCCCCCGUGAAAGGCGCCCCGGAGCUAGGGCAGCUGCAUUUCAACCAGUGUUUAUCUGCUGAAGAGAUCUUUUUCCUUCAUGGCUUUUCAAAUGCUACCCAGAUAACCAGCUCUAACUUCUCUACCAUCUGUCCAGCAGUCUUACAGCAAUUGAGCUUUCACCCUUGUGAGGCUAAGUCCAAGCAUCACACAAAACCAAGUCUUUCAGAAGUUUGGGGAUACGGAUUCCUGUCAGUGACGAUUAUUAAUCUGGCAUCUCUUCUUGGAUUGGUCUUGACUCCAAUGAUAAAGAAGCCUUAUUUCCCGAAGAUUUUGACCUAUUUUGUGGGGCUGGCUAUUGGGACUCUGUUUUCAAAUGCAAUUUUUCAACUUAUUCCAGAGUCCUUUCUCCCCACCAUAAGUUUCCUGUUUCCUGUUAUGAAUCAUAAGGGGCUGCCACCCACUGUGAAAGACUUUAUGGUUACAACCAUUUUUCUCUCAAGACAUAACCCAUCUCCUAAUUUUCUGUAUCCCUUAGACUUUCAAGAAAUUGGUAAUCAUGUUGAUUGGUUUUCUGCUAUUUUACAGGAUGAAAAAAGUGAACCAAGUUCAUGUACCUGCUUAAAGGGGCCCAAACUAUCAGAAAUAGGGACAAUUGCCUGGAUGAUAACGCUCAGUGAUGCCCUCCACAAUUUCAUUGAUGGCCUGGCGAUUGGGGCUUCCUUUACCUUGUCUCUGCUUCAGGGACUCAGCACUUCGAUAGCAAUCCUGUGUGAGGAGUUUCCUCAUGAGCUAGGGGACUUUGUGAUCUUACUCAAUGCAGGGAUGAGCACACGACAAGCUUUGCUAUUCAACUUUCUUUCUGCGUGUUCCUGCUACGUUGGGCUAGCUUUUGGCAUUUUGGUGGGCAACAAUUUUUCUCCAUAUAUCAUCUUUGCACUAGCUGGAGGCAUGUUCCUUUAUAUUUCUCUGGCAGAUAUGUUUCCCGAGAUGAAUGACAUGCUGAGAGAAAAGGUAACUGGAAGAAAAACGGAUUUCACCUUCUUCAUGAUUCAGAAUGCUGGAAUGUUAACUGGAUUUGUAGCCAUUCUGCUCAUUACCUUGUUUGCAGGAGACAUUGAAUUGGAGUAAUAGGAAAUGGAAGAUGGUGCUGUUAAAGAAGGCAUUUAAUAAAGAAAAACAUCUCUGAAGGGAUUUUUAAGCUAAUCCUACUUAGUUAAAAGAUAAUUUUGUUUUCAAUUGUAGGCCAAGGAAACUAAUUGUUGGUUUCAGAUCGAUGAAGUAGACCAUUAUUUGUAUUUACAAAUGCUUCUAAAUGUUUUCAGUUCCAGUUUGAAGUGCUUGGUAUAUGGGAUCUUUGGUAAAUAACACUUUUCUAUGUUACAUGCGUAUUAGAAAACCAUCAUGAAGCAAGAGAUAUGCAUUCUACAGUCAUUCAGAUGCCAAGACCCAGAGAAACAUACAAGAUAGAAUCAAAGGUUCAAGAGGUUUCAGAGUGGUUCAGUUCCAGUUAAAAUGAAUUUGUUCUAAUGCUUUCAAGAACAAGUACAUCAAACUGUGGAAGAGAAACAAAAUGUAUGCAACACAGAUAAAAAUGAUUCCAGCCAGGCCUUAA